AUGUGGCUAGUCAUCAAGAGCGACGACCCAGAAAAAAUGCGCAUAAAGCCGGGAUCCAUUAAAAGCUUCAAACUAAAGCAAAAAUUGGGAAAAUGCAGGAAGAAGAAUAGACCAGUGCCCCACUGGUACAGGCUGAGGAAGGACACAAAAAUUAGAUAUAACACGAAAAGAAGACACUGGAGACGAACAAAAUUGGGACUUUAA